CUCAAUAAAAAAGAAGGAUCGAAGCCAAGUGUUUACCAUGGCAAGCAGCAGCAGCAGCUCUGAUGUCGUCCCUGCCGCUGCAAUGAAGCUGGUGGGCAAGGUGGCGGUGAUCACGGGCGGCGCGAGCGGCAUCGGCGAGCGCACGGCGCGUCUGUUCGUGAAGCACGGGGCCAGCGUGGUGAUCGCCGACAUCCAGGACGAACUCGGCGCGAGCCUCUGCGCGGAGCUCGGCCCGGAGGUCUCCAGCUACGUGCGGUGCGACGUGACGAGCGAGGAGGACGUCGCGGGCGCCGUCGACCACGCCGUCGCCAGGUUCGGCAAGCUGGACAUCAUGUUCAACAACGCCGGCAUCGGCGGCGCGCCGUGCCACAACAUCCGGGAGAACACCAAGGAGGACUUCGAGCGCGUGCUGGCCGUCAACCUGGUGGGGCCAUUCCUCGGUACGAAGCACGCGGCGCGGGUCAUGGUGCCCGCCCGGCGGGGCUGCAUCAUCGGGACGUCGAGCCUGGCGUCCACAGUGGGCGGCGUGGCGUCGCACGCGUACACGUGCGCCAAGCGCGGGCUGGUGGGGCUGACGCAGAACGCGGCCACGGAGCUAGGGCGGCACGGGAUACGGGUGAACUGCCUGUCCCCGGCGGCGGCCGCCACGCCGCUGGCGACGGCGUACGUGGGGGUGGAUGGCGAGGUGUUCGAGGCGGUCAUGGAGACCGUGGCGAACCUCAAGGGCGUGGGCCUAAGGGUGGACGACAUCGUCGCCGCCGUGCUCUUCCUCGCCAGCGACGAUGCGCGGUACAUCAGCGGCCACAACCUGGUCAUCGACGGCGGCAUCUCGAUUGCCAACACGUCCUUCGGCAUCUUCAACUGAAGACCGGUGAUGAUCGAUGGACAUGUAUCUAUAGAUGCAUGGAUCGUGUCGUGCAUCGAUCAGGGACGGGGUCGUUUCUCUGGUUUGGUUACCUGUGUUGCAAUUCCUUUGACGCCGUGCAGUGUGCUCCGUUUCACCAUCAUUUAUGUUGCAUUCCGGAAGAAAUAAUAUAUGCGCGCGAGCGCAUUCCUGCGUUCAUCA